AUGUGUUAUGAUACGGUUCAUCCAGAGGUCGGCCUCACAGCACAGGAGCAGAUGUACCUGCUGUAUGAUGUCAAAGUUGAGUGCCAUCAGAACAUCUCCACACACAACCCUGCAGAUUACCUUUGUCCCCCUGGCUGGGACGGUCUGAUCUGUUGGCCCCAGGGAUCCCCCGGAGCGCUAACCAAGGUCCCCUGCCCCAGCUACAUCUACGACUUCAACCAUCAAGGUCAUGCAUACAGGAAGUGUGAUGUCAACGGUUCCUGGGUUUCUGUGGAGGGGUUGAACCGAACGUGGUCCAAUUAUUCUGACUGCUUGAGAUUCCUUUUACCUGGUCAAGAGGAGGAAAAGCAGGACUUCUUUGACCGGCUGUACGUCAUGUACACCAUUGGAUAUGCACUGUCCUUCAUCUCUCUUCUAGGGGCCAUUGUCAUCAUAGGCUACUUCAGACGCCUCCACUGCACUAGGAACUACAUCCACAUGCACCUGUUCAUGUCCUUCAUGCUGCGUGCCGUCAGCAUCUUUGUCAAAGACAAGGGAGGUCUGCAGGAGUUUGACACAGCGCUCAUGGACAACUACAAGACCAUCUCUGCUAUGCCCCUUGACAACUCCCAGUUUGUUGGAUGCAAGAUCACUGUGUUGCUCUUCAUUUACUUCCUGGCAACCAAUUACUACUGGAUCCUGGUAGAAGGGCUGUACCUCCACAGCCUCAUUUUCAUGGCCUUCUACUCGGACACCAAAUACCUGUGGGGCUUUACCCUGAUUGGAUGGGGUGUCCCUGCUCUCUUCGUCGCCGCCUGGGCUGUUGUCCGGGCAACGCUGUCAGACGCACGAUGCUGGGAGUUAAGUGCGGGUAACAUUAAAUGGAUCUAUCAAGUUCCCAUCCUUACAGCCAUUGGUCUCAACUUUAUUUUGUUUGUGAAUAUUGUGCGAGUGCUGGCCACAAAAAUCAGAGCGACGAAUGCUGGGAGAUAUGACACUCGGAAGCAAUGCAGGAAACUGGCUAAGUCCACUCUAGUGCUGGUGCUGGUGUUCGGGGUCCACUACAUAGUGUUUGUGGGCAUGCCACACUCGUUCAAAGGGGUCGGAUGGGAGGUCCGAAUGUACUGCGAGCUCUUUUUCAACUCUUUCCAGGGUUUCUUUGUGUCCAUUAUCUACUGCUACUGCAAUGGAGAGGUCCAGGCAGAGAUCAAGAAGACCUGGACCCGCUGGAACCUGGUGUUUGACGGGAAGGGACCGGCGGCAUGUGCCAACUACCGGUACGGUCUCAACCAGACCUCUACCAGUCAGCCGCAGCCGCCGGCCGUGAUCUCGGGCACCUCCUCCCUAUUCUCCAGCCACGUGUACCGCAGCAGCCAAGCCAGGCACAGCGUCGGCACCCACACCACCUUGCCCGGCUACGUGUUCAGCAACUCUGAGGUGGAUAGCCUGCCCCCAUCCAUCCCAGAGGAGCCAGACGAGAGAGCCAAGCAGGUGGACGACAUCUCCCUCCGAGAGUCCUUACCUGUGGUAAAUACCACCAGCAUAGGAGAGGACUUGGAGGAGACACUGUAG